UAGUCAAAAACAAUCUGCUUGAAGAACCACAACAAAAUCUAAUAUUUUACACUCGCAAGAGGUUAACAAAAGGAAUUUCCCACUCUCUCGAAAAUGCAAGUGACAUUUCGAUUUAGUAUUGGAGUUAUCCUUCUGGCAUUAUGGCAGCCCCAGCCUAUGCAGGCAUUGCACGAUUUCACGGAAAUGUGCAGCCUAUUUAAAAAUGGCACUCUUGUCCGCAAGCCGGCGUCUUGUGACGAGUACAUUGAAUGCAAAGGUGACAUGGGCGUUCUACACACCUGUGACGACUCCUUUGUAUUCGACACUAGCUCGAAGAAGUGUGUGAAGGCAACGGCCAGUAACACCAAUAAUUGUGCCAACCCAUGCGAAGGAAAGGACGACAUGUGGGUGGCGGAUCCAACGGACUGCAACUACUACUUCUACUGCCGGAAUGGGGAGCCCCUAUCUGGCCAUUGCGAGGAAUCGCAGCACUUUAAUGAAGCCACGCAGUCAUGUGAAUAUAAGGAUGACUCGCUUUGCGUGUACGUUGCCAAUAUAUGCGAAUUAGUGCCCGAUAAAACAAAGUUUCGCCAGGAGGAUGACUGUAACGAAUACUAUGAGUGCAAGAGUGGUAAGCAUUCAUUAAAGACCUGCGCGUCCACGAAAUACUUUGACGUGGAGAGCGGCAGCUGUGUAGAUAAGAGUAAAGUCGAUUGCAAUGCGCAUUCGAAGAAGAAUGUAUGCUUGUCGAAAACGAAGCCACUCAAAGGAUUCCAGCCGGAUAAAGCCACAUGCCGUGGCUACUUUUAUUGCAAUGACUUUGGAAGCGUUCAUGACGUCUCGCCCUCAUGGUACCAGUGUCAGGAGGGCUAUUUUUUCGAUGAAACAACCAAAAAAUGUGACAUUGCCUCAGAGGUGGUGUGCACAUACAAUCGUUGCGAAGGACGCGGUUCCAUGCUCGUCACCAGCAGCAACAACAACUGCCACAACUACAUUGUAUGUGAGAAUAACGUCCAGGUAGGAGAGUACACAUGCCAUUGGGAUUAUUUUUUCGAUGAGUCAGUGCAAGCCUGCACUUCCAAGAUUAUUUACGACGGCUGCUGUGAUGGACGUGAUUGAAAUAAUAAUUAUGUAAUGCAGGCAAAUAAAUGUAGGUAAAAUAAAUGUAUGCCUACCAAAUGUCUGAUUUUAUCUAUGUGCAUAAUGUACCUAUAUAUGAUGUAUAAGUAUGUAUGCAUAUGUAUAAAAGUAUUCCUGUUGAUUAUUUCAUCUUCUUAUUUUAAAUAUGUAUGCAUAUUUAUUUACAUUACACCCGCAGCAAUAAAUCAGUUAA